AUGGACGACCUCUACCAGUUCAUGAGCCCGCUCGAGGGCGCCACCAACAAUGCAAACGACAGACCCAGCACCAAACCUGCUCCUGCUUCUGCUCCCGCCACAGACGAGGCCUCCUCGCCCUCUUCGCCUGCAGCUGCCUCGUCCAGGUCCUCGUGGUCGGCCUGGGGCGCAUCCCUCAACAAGUUUAUCGAAAUCGGGAAGAAAGACAUGAACGAGUUUGUCAAUGUCACCCGCAAGGACCUCACCGAACUCGCCCAUACUGUCCAGCAGGAGCGCUCUACCGCUUUGGAGACUCUGAAUAAAAGGGUCGAGGGUCUCAAGACCAGCUUGCCUCCCUUGCCCGAAUCUGUUAAUACCGCGUCGUCGGACAUCCUGGGCAAAAUGUCGCACGUUGUCGCAGGACUCAAACAGGAGAUUACAGAAGCUGCCACUGGAGUCUCGUCCCAGGCAGCUACCAGCCCAACAACGGCAACAGAACCAGCAACAGCGCCAGUAGCAGGAGAAAACACGUCGGCAAUUGACAAAAAGGACGAAGGCAAAGAAACGAGCGACUCGACAGGCGCCGCUGAAGAAUCUUCAGCACCAGAGGGAACAACGAUAACCCGCGAUGCAGCACCCACUUCGGCUUCAGCAUCGUCCUCGGCUGCGCGUACAUUUGCUAGCACUGCUAGUCUUUUCACCGCUGGAGCGAGCAGUCUUACCCAGACUUUGACAUCGAGCACUAAGGAGAUCAGUUCAAGUGCGAACAACCUGUUCAAGACGCUCCCAGCUGUUGCAGAGAAGCACCUGGGCGAAGCUGACGUCCUCCUGAGGAGCACGACCGAGACUCUCAAGACCAACGGACUGUUGGCAGAGCAAUACGUCAACAAGUUUGGAGCGGGCAUGGCCAACUUUAUCAACAAUGCCGUCGUUAUCUCGCCUCCAGAGGAGAAAGAGGUCAAUCCAACUCGCAGCAAAAGGAUGGUCUUUGACCGCAAGGCUGCGAUUUUGGAGAAAUUGCGAAUGGACCCAGAGACUUACACUGUGGAUCCUAUGACAACCAUUGCCGACAACGACAUUAAGGGCUUGGAGAGGUACAAAUACUUUUUGCAGACCUUCAACAUGGCCGAGUACCAGCAGAGGAUCUCCAGGAUGCUGAACGAGUACCCCGAACUCAAGGCCCUCAUGAACAAGCUGGUUCCUAUCGAUGUUGCUGACGAAGAACUGUUCUGGCUCCGUUACCACUUCCGUCUGUACGAGAUUGAAGAGGAAGAAAAGAGACGAAAGAAGCUUGUUCAAGAGGUCGGAGCAGAUCUUGCCGAGGACGAAUUCACCUGGGACGACAACGAGGAUGAUGAAGACGAGGGCAACGAGAAGUCGGGAGAGACCUCGGGUGGCCAGGGGAGCGUGACGCCCAAGGCAGAAAAAAAGACCCUCGAUACUGUGACGCCCAAGUCCAAACAGAACGCUGAGGAAUCUGCCUCCAGGAUUAAGCGUGAACCUUUGACUGCCGAGGCACUGGCUUCUUCACUUUCGGCGCUUCCUAUCCCCAGCGAGUCCAACGCAGCUGACGGCGUCAAGGCUUCAGGAUCGGACGACGAAGAGUGGGGAUCCGGGUCUUUGAAGUCUCCGUCAUCGCCUUCUGCUCAGUCGUUCUCGAUCAAGUCUUCGACAACCGGUGCACACUCCAAGAGCCCCACGACCAACUUGAGCUCGACCAGGACAAGUGAGGAUGCGUAUGAGGUCGUGGAUGGCGUGGAAACACCCAUCAGGAUUCCAUUGGCAAAUGUCACGUCCUUGUCGUCCUCCGCCGCCUCGCCUGUUCUCGGCACCCCUGCCCAGCUUGGCAGCAGCAAGCUCAAGCCUGCCGAUUCCAAGGAGGAGGAUGACUGGAGCGACUGGGAGUAG